AUGGAUGAACUGGUAUCAGUGAAAGAUUUUAAAGAGCAAGAAUUGAAGUUUCUUCAUUCCGUUAGAAGACUCUCUAAGAAAUGCCAAGACUAUGAAAAGGGUACAUAUUCAGCCUUAGAUCCCAUUUCGUCGGUAUUGAACGAUUUGAAACAAGUAGAGCUAGCAAGUAUAUCCAUUCUAAGUAAACAUAUUGGAUUUUUUGAAAAAUUAGAUAUAUUCUGCGUGAUUAGUAAAGAAGUAGCUAGUCUUUUACAAGAUUCAAAACUAAUUGAAGCUUAUGAACAAUUGUUAACUAACGCCACUAAUAUCAUAAUGAAUACAAAUGUUGUGUUGUUCAGAACAGGGGACAUUAGUUUGGUGGAAGGCACCAUUCAAAUAUAUCAACGGUUGACAAUCUUCGAAAGUUUCUCAGAUUUAGGUAAUAUUUCUAAUGGUUUUAUUAAGUUAAGAAAGAUAAUAUUUGGUUUUGAAAACCAAUUUUUCUCUAAAUAUAAAUUAUUAAACAAUAAUAAUUUGAUAUUUGAUGAAGUUUACAACUUGUUAUCUCAUUCAAAUGAUAAAAUUACAGUUCCAAAAUUUAAUGUUAUUAAUAUUGAAAAUCAUACUCCCUUUAAAUUGAAUAAGAAUAAAUUUUAUGAUGAUAAUCUUUUAGUAGAUCUUGCACAAUUGAAUACAGGAGAACUAGCUAUCCUAAGAAUAAAUUCUGGAAGGCUACCAAAAAUAUUUAAAUCUAGUAAAGAUUUAUUAAAUGAAUUGAUACACAAGAACUAUCACCUACUAAAAGUUGGAAGGACGCUAAUAUUUAAAACUUUAAAACCGAAUGAUUUGAAAUUAAUUAAAUUUUCAGGUACUAGCGUCGAAUUGCAAACCAUUACUGCCAACAAUGUUAUUCUGAAAUUAGUAUGCAUGGAUCCAUUAAAAUGGCCUACCAUAUGGAAACCUUAUUUUGAAAGGCAGUUCGGCAAUAAUAAAUCGAAUAUCACAUGUGUUACGAAGAGAAGAUCCACUGACAGACUUCCCAGAGAAACAAAGAAACUGUCUAGCGGAUUGUCUAACCUUACGUUAGAUGAAUGUUCUAAACAAAGUUCUGUUUUUGAAAAGGAACCAUUGAUAGAAAUUCCACCAUUGCUUGAAGAACCAUCCUUAUGUGGAUCUGAAUUAUCACAACAACCUUCCCUUCGUGAUAUUGAAUCAUUAAGUUAUGAGAAAUUAAUUGAAUUAGACCAAAGCAUUGAGAUGGCUCUAUCUCCAAAAAAUCCUCAAUUAUCACCAAAAUUCAGUCAACUUCGUUCUGAAUCCCAUGUAUUUUCUGUUGAUGAAAUCGUGACAAAAGAACAGGCUACUUCUCCACAAGAAUUAUUUGUUUCGAGAACUGCAGAUGUAGAUUCUAGUCACACUGAUCGUAGUAAUGAAGACGAUCUAGAGAGUGUGAUAUCUUCAGAAUUAGAUAAAGACACUACUGUUGUUAAUGUUAGUUCGAAUUCCAUAUUCAAUCCAAAUGCAGAAUUGUAUAAACCGAUGUUACAUAAUCCUGCAUCUUCAUCAUUACUGAGCUUAUUUACAAGUCGCGGCAAACAAAACUUGAGUAUUGAUACAUUUGAAUCUGGUAAUGCUUCGAUCUUCACCAAUAGUUCCACAUCAGAAUCUAAUACUCCACAAUCGGCUGUAAGUGAAUAUCAUACCCCUAUUAAAACAAAGACUAGCGUCGAGGUACCAAACAAUAUCGAUCUUUCCGAUAUUAUCAUAGAACAAGUAUCAACUAAAGUUACUCGUUGGAGUGGUAAAGAUUGGAUGAGUUUAGGUCAAUCAAACAUACACUUGGUGAUUUCGCGAAUUCCAAACAAGCAUGUUGUCCUCACUAUAUUCUUGGAUGAGUCUAAGACUCAAUGUAUAUUUGUUGCCAAGAUAAGUAAUGGUUGGAAAUGUUUCAGGUCAACUGCCCAAGAUAUCCAAAUGAAAAUUCCAGCAUCAGAUUUCAUUGUCAGUGCAAUGGAUAUAAAAGAUACUAUCGAAACAAUUAGUGUGCGUUGUAUUAAGAUCGAUAAUUUUACGAAUACUUUAUUGCAUUGUGUUAAUGGUAUGAUACCCGUGUCAUUAUCUUCAUCGUCUACGGUGAGAACCCUUUCUACAGCUACAUCUUCGUGUUUCAGUGAUGCUUUACAAAGAUCAUCGACGUAUCAAUCAGAUUUGGAAACAGAUAAGACUGAAGAUAAUUCAAAGGAGGUAUUCCAACUUUUAUUAUUGGCUGCUAUUAAAGCAAAACGUCAUGAAAAAAUCCAACAAAAAUGGGUCCUCAAAGAUGUUGGUUCCCUUGAUAUUAUAUCCCUAGAAUCCCAAAACAUAAGAACAGGUAUAAAUUUUGAAUUUGUAAAUAAUAAAUCAAAUGAACAUUUACCAGUAGAGAAACAAAAAUAUCCAACUGAUCUGGACAAGAUAAGACGACUAGGUAGAACUGGUAUAGUAAUCUCGCAAGACCUUAACGAUCAAUUAUUCGAAUUCACUAAUCAACUAGUAGCAGAACAAGUGUAUAAAUUAAUUCAAGGAAUGUGA